AUGUCCCAGGUGAAGGCACCAGGGGAGACGGUCAGGACCCUCCAGGACUACACGGACGUUUACUCCGACAUGGCCACCGUCACCUCCAGUGCAGAUAUCGGCGAGUCGGCGAGGAAGGGGCCGCCGUGCGAGACCCCCGGGGCGGCGGGCCCGGUGGGCCGGCGGGGCGGGGCCUUCGCCUCCCCGGCCAGGAGACGCCACCGCACCACCUUCAGCCACAAGCAGCUGGAGCAGCUGGAGAUGGCGUUCGGGCAGAACCAGUACCCCGACAUCUACUACAGGGAGGAGCUGUCCCGGGUCACCAAGCUCAACGAGGCCCGCAUACAGGUGUGGUUUCAGAACAGGCGGGCCAAACAGCGCAAACAGGAGCGGGCGUCCCAGAAGGUCCUCUCCCUGGGGGUGGUGCCGGCCCACCGGGCGCUGCUGGGGGGGGUGCACGUCCAGCACGUCCAGCACGUCCAGCAGGCCGGCGUGGCCCGGCAGUACUACCCCCAGCCGCUGGCCCACAUCCCCCGCCUGCCGCCCAUGCUGCCCUCCGGGGCGUACCCGCGCCACCCGGGCCCGGCGGGGGGGCGCUGCCCCUGCCCCGGCCAGCAGCCCCCCCCCCCGAGGCAGCACGAGGAGUGGUACGGCCCGCUGAGGGGCAACCUGGCCUCGCCCAUGUUCUCGCUGGCCUCCAUGCAGCCCCUCGAGCCGGCCUCGCACUGGAGCUAA